AUGGAGGUUAACACUUGUCGUAUUUGUCGUGGAGAAGCGACACGAACACAGCCUUUGUUGCACCCGUGCAAAUGUAGAGGUUCUAUCAAGUAUAUCCAUCAGGAGUGUUUGCUUGAAUGGCUCAGACAUCUGAACAAACUGUCAGAAAAAUGUGAUAUUUGCAACACCCAGUACAAAUUUCGGAUUAUCUAUGAUCCGGAAAUGCCAUCCCGGAUCCCGUUCUUGCUUGUGUGGUUCAAGUUGAUCCAGAUCUUGCUGCUGGGAGCCAUUAAAUCCGUUCUGAUAGCGCUAUAUAUCAACUGUCUAGUGCUACAAGUACCACUAUACUGGAAGUUUGCUGGUAGAAUCUAUACAUGGGCCAUAGACGGUCAGUUGCCGGCGAAAAACCCGACAUUUUUGCUGGCGCUCUUGUUUGGAGAGUACGAUAUUCGUAGCUAUAUCGAGUCUGCUGCCUCAGCUCUAGACACUGGCUUUGAAGUAUCUUCUUUUCAGCUUCUGCUUCUCAAACUCCGUAAGUUCUUUGAGUACACGUAUUUCAGCGGAAUCCGUUACAUUUUCAUUGCAAUUGCUGUUCAUAUCGCUUUGUUUAUUGAACAUGAAUGGGUAAUAAGAGAUGAAGGAUUUCAAAAGCUUUUGCUUCGAAAGAUCGGCUCUGAACCUAGUGCUAAACUCGUCGACUUGCUCCAGCAGACUUUGCAUGCUCAAAGAGGAGAUGGUAACAAUAAUAAUGAAGAAGCUACGGCCAAUUUGGAACGUUUGGAGACACUUGCUAGAGCCAUCAGAGAUCUUCAAGAUGAAAACAUUAACAAUAACAACAAUAACAAUGAGGCUCUUCGUAAUGCUAUAAAUGCCAGAAAUAUUUUCAACGAUGAUGUCAAUAUUGGCGAAGCUGACGAUGAAGACGAUCUUUCUGAAGGCGAAGAUGAUGAUGAAUGGUUCCAACAAGAUAUUGACCAUGACGAAAUGGAUGCAGAAGUUGCCGCUUUAGCUGAGGCAAAUGCUGAUGGAGGAGGAGGUUUUGGUGAUCUUUUAGAACUCUUUGGGAUCAACUUAAAUAUCAAGACGCCGAUUUUCCUUAUGUUUGUCUCUGACUUUGUCAUUUCUGCAUAUUUAUUUUUGAUAUACUUAAUUCCUCACAUGCUUGGAAACUUGUUCUUCUCGGUGGCUGGCAUGGGGAUCAGAUUGGUCAACUCCAGCGUGAUAAGAAGUCUCAUUUCGCCUAUGAGAUUCCCCGCAUCCAACAUUUAUAUCAAUCUCUUUGAAGCUGAGCAUCCCCACUACUCAUUGGCGGAGAGAAUCAUUCUUCUUACGAUUGGAUAUGCCAUCAUUGCCUUUGGAAUCUACCGGUUUAUGAAAGUACUUGUCAAAGGUAAGAAGCCUGUAAUGGGUACCCCCAGAAAGAUUUACAAGAUUCUCUUCGAGGUAAGCUCCACAGCAAAAGUAUUUUUCAUCUUUUCCAUUGAGAUCUUCUUCUUCCCUGUCUACUGUGGAUGGCUUCUUGACUUUUGUGUGGCACCUUUAGUCUUGCCCCAGUUCACGAGGAAGUCACCUUCAGGUGUUGAUACGUUUGUGGUGUUGGUAUCUUCGUAUUAUGACUCACUCCAGGAGACAUAUUUGCGUGUAUUAAUGUACUGGAGCUCGGGAACACUUUAUAUGCUUCUCUUUGCACUUUUUGUUGGCAUGGUUCGUACCAAUAUCUUACGCCCCGGCGUUCUUUUCUUCAUCAGAUCACCUGACGACCCCAAUGCCCGUUUAAUCCAUGAUGCUCUCGUGAAACCACUCAUGUUGCAAUUGUCUCGUAUAUACUUGAGUGCUAAAGUGUAUACUGGAUUUAUUAUAAUUGGUAUUGGAGGUGUCACCUGGGGAUUGAGACAUAUAUUGAGCACUACAAAAGGAACCAUAUUUCUUCCAAUACAGAGUUCUUCGGUCUUCUUUGAUAUCAUCCUCUGUGUUUUGGCGACGAGAAGCUUGGUUUCCCAGCAAUGGGCUCUUGAAUACUGUCAGCUAUACUGGACUAGAGUGUUCGAAAUCUCGUGUCACAAGUUGCGUUUGUCUCACUUCAUUUUGGGCAAGCCGAUUUCGCAAGAAAGAGGCUAUACUGUCUACAGAAACAUUUUCCAGACGAUAAUGGCCACGGCCCAGCCUGAUUUCACCUCCCCAGUCUCAUACAGACAAGCCCAAGAGAUCUUUAAACUGAACCCCAAUGUUAAUGCCUGUUUUGUUCCUGAUGGUAACUAUAUUAGAGCUCCAGACAGCGACACGGUUUCUCGUAAAUUCGUCAAGAAGUUGUUCGUCUCUGUCACAAAGGACGACAAGUUACUAACUGCAGCAGAAAUCAACACUGCCCCUUCAGCUUACGAGACUCCUUCAUCUGAAGCAGAAGACGAACUCAGUACAGACAAUUCAUACACUAUUGUCUACAGACCGCCUCACUUCAAGAUGCGCUGUUUGGCACUUAUUUGUAUGCUUUGGGUGUUUGCUGUCAUCAUAACUAUGGCAGUAACAUUUGGAGCAUUGUUGCUGGGACGGAUGAUACUCAUUGUUGCCCUGUACACUGCUGAUUCCAAGUUGUACGAUGCCAUGGUCAAACGCCAAUACCGAUUCGACAUCCCGUGUUUGGCAAUUGGUCUACUUUUGGAAUUCACCUUGUUGUAUCAAUUUGACCAGGGUCGGCCUCAGCAACAACUUGGAAACCAAAGAAAUGCAGGCAACGAGUUCAGAUUUGAUCAAUUCCAAGAACGGUUCAGAAAGGAGUUGACUUACGUAUGUGUCAUCGGCUCUUUUCUCUUAUGGGCCCUUUGGGUUCAGGGUGUACACAUUCUCUGUGUGGAUCGCCCGAUUCGUUUCUUGUUCAACACCCCCGAUGGUCCAUUUAUAGUUGACAAGUUUUCUAUUCCCGUCCAUUUCCUUGUCUCGUUCUGGACGUUUCUCCCAUUCAUUUACUACGUUAUGAACUCCACUAGGUUUGUACGUAUUGAAAACAAUAAUGAUGGCGAGUUUGACAUUGCUCGAAUUCUCUCGGCAUGUGGAUUCUACCAGGCGUUGAUCAACAUCGCUAUCGUAGUAGUCCCUACAGCUUCACUCAAUUUCUACUUGUCAUAUCUCGGAAAGCCAGCUGACGACUCAAGACGGAUCUACAUGUUUCCCUUAGCCUACUUUUUCUUCAUUGUAGCCAAGUCGAUUCACGAAGCAUACCGAUUCUAUUCUAGAGUCAACGACCAGGUAAAGAACGAGCGUUAUGUGAGAGGUAGAGCUAUUGAAAAUGUUGAAAUUUCUGACAACGAACAAUAG